CUCAAUGUGUCGCACUCAAUUACAACUACUUACAAAAUAAAAACAAAAACCGCCUGAGAUAGCAUCCGAGGCAUUCAGCCAACUUCAUCCAACAAGAAAACCGCCGGUCAUGGCUCCCGACUGGCAGUUGCUCUACCUCUACGGAGGCGACAACCCCUGGGAUUCGAGUCUUUGGACCGAUUCCGAUGAUCGAGUACGCGGCGGCAAGAGCCAAUCUCACUUGCACUGCGAGUCACCGGAAAAGGCCAAAUUUUUUGGGAGCCUGGAUAUCUCAGCCCUGGGAGGGGCUGGUUUCGCAUCUCAAAGAACAAUUGGCACGCUCCAUCUGGAUCUGAGCCAAUACGACGGGCUUGCCAUCAACAUCUUGCAAAGUGACUCCAAGAAGUACACUCUCACCAUCAAAGACGAAAUCUUGCCGCCAAGAGAGGAUGGCCGUGACCAAAGCACGAUCAGCUGGGAGUAUGAUUUCAUACCCGAGGCUGGAGAGGUUAAGAUCUCAUGGGAUGACCUGAAGCCUACCUACAGAGGCAGGCCCAAAACCGACGCCAAGCCCCUAGAUGUGUCCAAUAUCAAGAGGAUCAGCUUCAUGAUGCGAAGCUUCUUUGGCACCCAAGAGGGUGACUUCAGCUUAACAAUUGCGCACCUAGCCGCCUUCAGCAAUCGGCCCACAUCAUCCGGCUCCGACGGGUCAUUUGAGAAAGAUGGUGCUGCUGUACAUGUACCGGACGAAGCUACCCCGCCAUCCUGGUGGGGUUGGGUUUGCGGAUGGGCUAGAUGACUCGAAUAAACAACGCGGCCCAGGAAGUCGAACAGGAUGUCCAUCCAUGCGAGGAAGACAGGGGGUAAAACAUAGUCACAGUUUGCGGUGGAAUGUCCAAGAGAACCAACA